AUGCAGUUUGAAGUUUUUAUAACAAAAAUAAUCUGAAUUAAAUUAUUUUUCUAGUUUUUUUGAUGGGUUUUCCAACCUUAUUAAUCUAUUCGCCACACACAGUUUUUUUUUUAAUUUCUGCCUUCUAUCUAUCAAUUAUUAUCUAUUUAUAGAUGCUUAUGCGUUGGAGGUAGUUUACCUAUAUAAUAUUUUUUUUUAUAUUGCGUAAUAACGAGUUUUUUUUCCCUUUCAAGAUCGUCCUAAAUAUUUUUGAGCGUAAUUGGGUCAUUUUCGAAGCCCGGCCCUCGACUGACACACAAUCCUGGUCCGGAGCACGUCCGUUUCGCGUUGUCCGAGACAAUAGGAUAAAAAAAAUUAAUCAAAGAGGUGUUAAAAAGAGCGCCCCAAUGACAAAUCACUUGUGAAUUCACGUGAAACAAGUUGUACACCGAAGGCUCAAAAUCACAACAAAACACGUCUGGUUUUUUCGAAUCUAGACUUUGCAGCGACUUUGCCGGUCACUGGCUCGAACAAUUGCCGGCCUACAGUUAUUCGAUAGCCUGCACGAAUUCUUCCUGUUUUCCCUACUUGUCUACGUACUGCAAAACUGGCGUCUCAGUCCAUUGCACAGCGAAAUGUUCAGAAAUCCGUUUUUGAUUUUUGAAAGUAACAAGGAAAAUUUUUAGUAUGCACCGAAGGGAGUUUUGUCGUUGGCAAAAAGUGUGUUUGGUUAUCGGCAGAGCCAAUGGACGGUUAUGCUACAGCGCAGGUAGAUAAACUUCCCUUUCCAAUAGUUUUGAAUUUACAAGUUUGAAAAAAGUUGAAUAUUAUCUUCUAUUUUCGAGUCUUUAUUAAAUCCUUUCUAGAGUUUCUGCAGCCCCUUCGACGUCGUUUCCCUGCCCCGGGCAGCAGAUUUGACACGUCUUUCGCAGAUUUUCACGAAGCGAUACGGUUUUUUCUCUUUUCUCGUGUCCAAUCAUUGACUCAUAACAAAAGUGCCCAUGUAUUUGACCGCGCGACAAAGUUUGCUCAGCCGAUUUUCAACACAAAAAAGAAAGAAAAAGAGAAAGAGCAAAAAAGAAAAAAAAAAAGGAUUUAGUGAAAGUGGAACUGAGCGAUUGAGCAAACGGCACCGUGCCCAGUACUCAAUGUUUGAUUGGCACUUUUGAGAAGUUUAGAAGUUGCUCAGAAUCAAAUGGUAGUGUUGUGGGAGAGUAUCAGUGGUUUUCAAAUUGAAGGAAAGUAAUGAAUGAGAAAAAAAGUAUUUCAACUUCUCAAAAAAUUGGACUUCACCGGUUAACUGUCUUUCAAUCCGCUAAAUUUUUCAAUGUAUAGAUGACGUCAUUUCAGGAGAAUCCAGCACAUUUCUGACCUCGGCUUUUCGACGUGCUUCGACUUGGCAAUGGGAAAGCGGUGAUGAAAUCCAGGUUUCUAGAUUCGCAAUAGAGCGCAAUAGUUUCAAAUUCUCGAGGCUAUUUUUUUUAUGAUCUUCUACGCUAUUUCGUAUAAGGGCAAUAGACUUACUAAUUAAAUUUUACCAGAUCUUUAUUUGUGAAGUAAAUGACUUUGCAUUCAUCUAUGUAGCGCAUAAGAGACAUUUACAAGGUGUCGUUGUGUUUUCAAAGCUUUUCCACAUUUUCAAAAAUCGAGCUAUCUCGAAAGAAGACAAAAAAAAAUCCUAUUUCUGCUUAUCGGUUGAGCGCACAAGGUAGGCUUUCUGAAAGACCUCAUUUCUUGUUUUGAGAGCCAAAUCACCGGCGACGGCCGCUGUUUGGGCGUUCGCAACGGCACCUUUGUCGCCGUAGACUGCGACGGCGAGGCUUACGUCGCCUGCGAAUCUGGCAGAGAAUGCGUCGCUCGCGACGUCUACAACGGCAGAGCACAAGUCACUACGAGAGGUCUCUCAAAAAAGUAUUUGAAAAAAAUAUUUUUUUUUAGGAACCAUGUGUUUAAAGUGGAGUGAAGGGACUUUGAACGACUCUUCGAUGACGUUGGAAUCGCCACAGGAACAUAACUUCUGUCGCGUCGUACCUGGUUUCUCGAAAACGUGAGGAAUUCCAAACUGAAGUCUCUGGCAAAAAAAAGAAGAAUUAUUUCCACAUCAAAAGUAACGUUUCUUUAUAAUCAUUCGAGGUUCUAAAAGCCAGGAGUUAGCCAUCCGCAAUUUUCUAGGCAAGUCCAAGAAUUUUUGCCAAUUUUUAUUAUUUUUUCAAUGAUUUUUCUCAAAGUAUAGUAGGCUUUAAUAUCAUCCCUUCAGAAACGACACUUCCAUUGCGGCCUGUCUAGUGACACCCACCAAACUAGAUGCCUGCGAUAUUCCACUGUGUGCCGACAGUUUCAACGACCCGCAGCUCACUACCAAUGGUUCAUAGUUUUCUUUCUUAGUAGCAAAAGUUCUUAAUAGUUUUUCCUCGUCUCUCAGGAAUUUUUCGGAAAUCAUAGCAUUAAAAUAACUCCCUUUUAUAGAAAUCGAAAUGUGCUCGGAGGGCUUCUUCGACUGCGACGACGGCAGCAAGUGUGUUUCUGAGAAGUUCCGCUGCGACUACGAGGUCGACUGUCUCGACGGCUCCGAUGAACUUAACUGCGGUUUUUAUCAAAACCAACUUCCUUAUGAAAGUGAACUAUUCAGAAGACUAUCUGGAGUCCUUCGAGCUUUUCGGUCCGUACAAACUCGUUGAUCGGGUCACCGAAGUGUGGACAUUCAUUCCUCAAGUCCAGGGGGUUCGGACGGGGAAUUCUUCUGAAUGUUUAAGAAAGGGUUUCAGUGUGCUAGGAGAUGUCGAGAGAGUCUUCUGAUCUGCGAGGCUUUCUCCUACGAGCCGAGGACUCAGGUAUAAUCUUACAAAAAAUCGCCAAAGAGGGAAAAAUUUGAAAAUAUCAUGUGUAGAUAAGCCGUUUUGACUUGACCAAUAGUAAAAGACAAUUUUCUUGAAAGCUGUUUUCUCGCGAAAUGCCAUUCAAAAACGUUCAAUCUCUUCCAGACCUGCCUUCUCACCGACACCACACAGUCCUACAGUAGUCUCGCUCCGAAAUCUUCUUCUCUGUUCUACCGUAAACGCUUCUCAUCAAGUUCGACUUCAGAUGGAGCAGAAUAUAUGAGAUGAUUCAGAAGACGUCACUUUCGAGCUGGAAGACGACGUUCUGAUGGCAACCAAAGCGUCGAUUCGAGCGGCUGUUUGCAACGAGAAUUUCUCUACGGACAAGGCGACGUCCAUAUGUCGGAUCCUCUCUUUCGGGUUCGUUUAGAUUUGAAUUAUAGCUAUGAAAUCUCUUAUGAAUCUUCAUUUUCUCGCACGAAAAUUAAUAAAAUUACUUUAAUCGCAUAAUGCAACGAUAUCAAAUGUUUUAUCCUUGAUAUUAGUCCAAACCGUUUGUGGUAGAUGGAAAUCAUGUUAUGAGUCUUGCAAAUUUGCCAUCCAUACUCAUUAUGUGAAGUUAUUCUCUUCCGAAUUCUUCCGAGCGAACUUUGUUACUAAAUUUUUCAAUCUACGACAGCUAUACAUGAAAUAAAAUCAUAAUGAAAGAUGCUUCAAAAUAAAAGUUUAGUAAGUACGGUCUGGCUUAA